AUUGCAAAAGCUUUUGCUAACUCCAGAUUCGGAAGGUCUUUACAGUCCACACAUUCUGUUCCAUAUGAUAAAUCCAAGAUUCAUCCAUCAGCUUUAUCAAAAGAGAAGUACGCUGUCUCAAAAUAUGAGCUCUUCAAGACAUGCUUUACACGAGAACUACUGCUGAUCAGCCGCCAUCGAUUUCUUUAUACAUUUAGGACAAGCCAGGUAGGAUUUAGUUUCCAACUGGUCUUUUGGACUUUGGAUUGUAAGUUGGUGAUGCUUCAUUGUUGUUCAUUUUUUAUGCUUAAAUCUAAUGUUUUAUAGGUUGCAUUUAUUGGAUUCAUUACAUCCACAAUGUUCUUGAGGACAAAAUUACGUCCCACAGACGAGGCAAAUGGAAAUCUCUAUCUCUCUGCCCUGUUCUUUGGCUUGGUACACAUGAUGUUCAAUGGCUUUUCUGAGCUCUCUCUUACGAUAUUUUGACUUCCAGUCUUUUACAAGUAACGGGAUAAUUUCUUUCAUCCUGGAUGGGCUUGGUCUCUUGCCAGUUGGAUUCUGCGUGUACCUUACUCUAUUCUUGAAGCUGUUGUAUGGUCUUGUGUUGUGUACUACACUGUUGGUUUUGCCCCUAGUGCUGGGAGGUAGUUCCAGUUUUACUUACUCUUCAUGCAUUAUGCUUUCGAUAAUGUUUGUUUACAAACAGCCUUGGAUCCAUGUUUCAGGUUUUUCCGUUUCUUGCUUAUACUCCUAGCAAUACACCAAGUGGCACUAGGACUAUUUAGGUUGAUUGCUGCAACUGCGCGAGACAUGGUUCUUGCUAAUACUUUUGGAUCAGCGGCAAUUAUAGUAAUAUUUUUGUUGGGUGGAUUUAUUAUGCCAAAAGAUGAGAUUAAGCCAUGGUGGAUUUGGGCUUAUUGGGUGUCACCAUUAUCAUAUGGUCAAAAUGCCAAAUCUGUCAAUGAAUUUACUGCAACAAGGUGGAUGAAGAUAUCUCGUGUUGGGAAUGUUACAGUUGGACACAAUGUCCUUCAUUACCAUGGUAUACCUACUGGUGAUUAUUGGUCUUGGCUCGGAAUUGGUGUCUUAUUUCUAUAUGCCUUCCUUUUCAACAACCUAGUCACUUUCCGCUUACCGAGACAAAAAAGAAGCGCGACAUAAUUUUGCAGUAUAUACAGGUAAUCCUAGAGAAAGCAAGCCUAUUUAUAUAAUAUAAAUUAGAUGACAUAUUUGUUUCCUAUCAAUCCUAUUUCUUCGAGAAAGGGCAAGUCAAAUGUUGCUUUUUAAUUCAUAAGUUCUUAACUAUUCCUCCCUGAUUCACGUUGUCUAUUCUCAAACAUCUCAUGUCAUUUGAUAAAAAUAAGUAGACAUUCUUAAACUAUUGCAAAAGAACAUAACUAAUCCACAAUUAUUUUGCAUACUUCAUAGAAUUUAUUUCUAAUUCCGCACUUGACCAAGGUCUAAGGAACAUAUUACAGCUAGCCACUGAAAAAUGCACCUUCUAUGAAGCCUCGUUAAACAAAAUCUCAAGCGUCAAAAUAAAGAUCUAAUCUACCUAAAGGACAACAACAUAUGGUCGUGGUUUCUGUUGAUUAGAAAUUUCUCAAAGAUCGAAAAGGACUUUAUCAACCAUAAUCAUCUAACCAAGAUUUACAGAAAAUACAGUGCAAUGAAAGAGAAAUGAACUGGACAUAAAUACCUAACCACUUCAGCGGAGCAUAUAAGCAUAAGCAACUCUCGCAGCUCAAUUAUACUUAUAAACAUAAAGAAAACAACAUAACAACGAUCACCACAUAAUCAACCAUUAUCAUUACCAUCGGAAUCACAAUAAUCACCACCAAAACAACAACGAUUUUGAACGUCAAACAAACAGGUAGUUAACAUACGACAGACACAUAACACAUGAAGACUUAGUAGACCAAACACCACAGAUAAAUCCACGAAGAUUGCAACAGACUGACUACAACGUAAUUGAAAUGAACCUUAUUAGAUAAAAAAAAAAGGUGGAUCGAAAUUUAC